GUUUAGCUUGUUCCUGUGUGACGCGCUGCCCCGUCGCUGCUCUGUUUACACAGAGAAAUGUCCUAAAACCAGCUGGAUUUAAUCACUUUAAAUCAUCAUCAUGAAGCUGAGAGUUCGGGUCCAGCGGCAGACGAGCCGCGUGGAGCUGCCGGGAGCAGAAACCAGCCUGGAGCAGCUGCACGAGCGAAUCAAGGAGACGCUUCUACCUGCGCACGGACUCGGUGCAGACACUCAGUUCAGUUUGUCUCUGAACGGCUCGGAGCUUCUGUCCGAGUCCAGUCAGACUCUGUCCUCCUGCGGCAUCGUGUCCGGAGACCUGAUCUGUGUCGUCCUGCAGGAGUCUGCAGCCGACAGCGCCGACAGCUCCUCCCAGAACUCCACCAGCUCCUCCAGCUCCUCCAGCAGGACGAGCUGCAGCUCAGAGAAGCAGCAGCAGAAACCACAGACCGCUGCCGUCACCUGCAGCCAGCCCAGCAGCAGCCGGCCUGCAGCUCUCUUAGACUCUCCGCUCUGUGAUGUGUCGGAGCCUCCGUCAGCCUGCAGCUGGGAGCCGAUGCUGUGCAGCGAGGCGGAGCCGGGUCAGGCGCCUCUGUCCCUGGAGCUGCUGCACCACUCUGCACAGACCUGCAGCCCCACGGACGCCGUCAUGGUGGCCGCUCACCUGCUGAUGCUGGAGACCGGCUUCCUUCCUCAGGGCGGUGAGCUGAAGCCAGGUGAGAUGCCUGCAGGCUGGCGCUCUCCUGCUGGAGUCUACAAGCUGCAGUACUCUCACCCUCUGUGUGAGCACAGCCUGGUCAUGGUGCUGGCUGUGUGUAUGGGCCCCAAGCUCGUCAUCAACGCGACUCUGAAGGUGAACGACAGCGUGGACACCGUCCCCAAACUGUGUGUGGCGCCCUGCAGCUACGUGACGCACGAGUGGCCAGGAGAAAGUGCAGCUGCAGCUUUCAAAGAUCUGAACAAACUGUCCCGACUCUUCAAAGACCAGCUGGCAUACCCGCUGAUCGCUGCGGCCCGAGCAGCGAUGUCUCUGCCGGUGGCGUUCGGCCUGGCCGCUCUUCCUCCUGAACUUCUGCUCCGCGUCCUGCGGCUGCUGGACGUCCGCUCGCUGCUCAGACUGUCUUCGGCCUGCAGACACUUCCACGCCUGCACCGCCGACUCCUCGCUGUGGAGACACCUGUACCGCCGCGACUUCAGCGAUCGAGAUCUCAGCCGGCCCAGAGACACGGACUGGACCGAGCUCUACAGAAGGUUUUUUAUAAUCCGCCGUGAGCUGCGACACGUCAGCCGUCAGCGCUCACUCACUCCUUUCCACGGGACCCCCCGGGACCUGUUCGUGCCCGCCCCCCUGCACCCCCCGCUGCCCGGCAUCAUCGGGGGGGAGUACGACCAGCGGCCGGGCCUACCCCGCCCGCUCCUCCCCCGCCCUCGCUUUGACCCCAUCCACGGCUCCCCGCCCGGAGACCUCGACAGGAGACCCCCGAGGCUCGGAGCGCGGGGGGGCCGACCUGCAGACAUCCGGAGAGGGUUCAUCUGAGACGUCGCAGAAAUAAAACAUGUUUAUUUACUUUACAUUAUAAUAAACAAAGAUUAUGAGAUUAUGAACUGUGGUGAAGUUUGUUUUUAGAAAACAAACUUUAUGAUUUUAUUGUGUGUGUGUAUAUGUGUAU